UCCAUUUCUUCUUAAGUAUCCAUCCAUCCAGCCAUCCAUCACCAUGUACUACUCCCCAUGUACUACUCAAUCCACAAUGUUCCUUAUGAUCAGGAGCCCUCAAAACUGCCUCCGCCUGCGGCCUAUGCCCAGCCACCAGCGUACGGAGUUCCAGCUAGCGCACCAACCUGCAAUACUACGGGGCCCGAUACUACGCACAACAUGAAUCGGCAGCACCGCCUCCACCUCUUCUUCAGUCUGGAACUGAAGGCCCCUGGUCCUCUGGCCUCUGUGACUGCUUCUCCGACAUUCCAAACUGUUGCAUGACAUUUUGGUUUCCCUGUGUCACGUUCGGCCAAAUUGCUGACAUUGUGGACAAAGGAUCAAUAUGUAAGAGAUAUUGAUCUACAUUCUGAACGGUUAGGUUUUUGUUAGGAGCUUUGCAGGUUUUGAUUUUGUGCCUAGAACAGUAGCUUGUUUUUGGUGAUCUAUUUUUCUACAGUUUUAGUACUGUGUAUAGCUUUGCCAUUUUGUCUGAUCUACAAAAGUUAACAUUUGGAUUGAGUUGAAAUUUUGUUUGGGUGUUCAGGUGACAUUGAUUUAUAUUCUGAACAGUUAGAUUUUAUUUGGAGCUUUGUAGGUUCUUAUUUUGUGCCUAGAAUAGUAGCUCAUUUUUUGUGAACCAUUAGUGUGUAACAAAUGAAGUAAUAGAGAUUGUCAAGGUGU